AGGAUACUACUGAAAGUCUUGUAGGUAAAUUAGAGAGUUCAAUAAAUGAAUAUGACUACAAUGUAGAAUUUAGUCUUAAUACUUGUAAUGAAUUGAUUGAAUUUAGAGAAGUUGAAUUAGCAGAAGACAAAAAAAUAUUUGAAUUUUUAUUAAAUACUGUUGCUUCAAAUAUUCAAAAUAAUAAUUUCUAUAAUAUAUAUAAAAAACUAAGACAGACCUUAAUAACUAAAGCAAGGGGUUGUCAAAAAGCUUUAUCAGCUAGAACAUAG